UUUACAACAUUGCAUAUACCGACCGUUUAUGGUGGAAAUAAUUCGCAUGUUUUCUUGAUUUUAUAUUGGUUUUCUUCGCUGUUGUAGUACUCGCAAACUUAAAACCGAAAAUUAAUCCGCAAAUUUGCAAGGCAUCUUCAUACUAAAAUAAAUUUUUAAAGCAACACUCAAUAAUGGAUAUCUCAGGAAACAAUCGGUAUGAAUUAUUAUUUAUGGAUGAUGACUCUGCCGCUUCACCGGCACAGGCCGAUUCUGCUAUUGCUAAAAAGAAGCCGCCGACCGCUGCAGCUCCAACAACUAAAAAAUCGACAGAGGGAAAUGCAAAGAAAACUCCCAAUGUUGAGAAAGAAAAUAAAUCUGGUGCACUUAACAAAAAUGAUGCCGGUAAUAAAAAGUCGGUCUCCGGUCAAAGUAAGCCUAAAAUCGGAGCACCUGGAACUGCGCUAGACAAAAACCGUACCGUUGACGGAGAACCACGCAAGGUUGCUUUUAAGUCGCAAAACAAUGAAGUUCGUGAACAAAGAAACAAUCGGCGAAACUUCCGCGAAGGUGCCCCUCAAGGUGGAGAAUUUGGAAAUGAGCAGCGUGAACCACGCCAAUAUAGAGAUCGCGACAAUAGAGGUCCUCAACGUAAUCGCGAAGGAGGCUUCCGUGGUGGUAAACGAGAGUUUGACCGCCAAUCUGGUUCCGAUAAGACAGGUGUUAAAUCCGUUGACAAACGUGAUGGUGCUGGUGCUCAUAACUGGGGUUCUGUUAAACAAGAAAUCGAUGACAUUAAUAAAUCAACGACUGAUGCCGAUGUUACUUUAACUGACAAGGAGGAAUCGUCAAAUGAACAAACGCCAGAACAAUCUGCUGUACCAGAAGAAGAAGAAGUAAAAGAAUUAACACUCGAUGAAUGGAAGGCAUUGCGUGGAGAACGCUCUAAGCCGCAAUAUAAUAUUCGCAAGGCAAAUGAAGGUGAGGAUACUUCUCAAUGGAAGAAAAUGGUUGUGCUAACCAAAAAGAAGGACGGAGAAAGCGAAGAAGAAUAUGAGUAUGAUCCAUCUAUGUAUCCUCAACGUGUUGGACGCUUGCAACGUAUCGUCGACAUACAAUUCAAUUUCAACGAUGGUCGUCGAGGUGGUGGUGGUUUUGGCAGAGGACGCGGUCGUGGUCCCCGCCCUGGAGGUGAUAAUAAAGGACCUCGUCCCGAUGGUGACAGACAGCCCAGACAGCAGCGUAACUUUGGUGAAAGACAACAGAAGCGCUCUACUCCAAACGCUCUUAAAGUUGACGAUGAACGUCAAUUCCCUACUUUGAGUUAAACAUUCAACAACUUGAAUAAGUUCUUGCUGGCAAAUAAACAAAUACAAGUCAGCUUGUAAACAAAAGAUGAUAUAAAUUCAGCAUUUUAAUUGCACAGUUGUCUCCUCAUUGCCACUCUCAUAACCACUUACUACACAACCAGCAACAAAAUUCGAUCAUUUAAUUAAACAUUUUCUUUUUUUACUCAUACUAACAUAUACAUACGUAAUUAUAUGGAGGUCAAAAUGAUGAUUAAGAGGAAAACAUAAAUUUGUUAAUUUUUAAUGGUUAUUUUUAUUAUAUAAAAUAUAUAUAUAAAUUUUUUUUCAAAACACAAAUGAAAUUAGUUGUAAUCAAAAUUGAAUUAAGUUCAAUUAACGUUUGAAAUAAGAUAGAAUGAGUGCCUAAUCGAAACAUGAGUAAAUAAAAAAACACAAAAGCGCCAGCAUCCAAAGAAUCAGCGUAUGAUGGCGCAUCAAAUCUCUAAUAUUGUGUCCUUAGAACUUAAUUUGAAUAAAGUGGACGGAUACACGAACUGUUGAGUGAUUCAUCUCACAAUGUGCAUGGUUUUGAUUAACGCUACUUAAGUUAUAAGCAAGAAAACAAGUAAUAAAUUGUUUAUUUUUAAUGAAGUUUUAAUUACUACAUAAUACUAUCAUUAAUUAAUAUAUAUUUGUAUAUUGGAUAUAAAAAAACAUAAAACUUCUAUUUUACCCUUAAUUACAAAUCUUUUUGGAAAGAAUUGAGGUCCUUUCGUGGAAUUGCCUCUUUUAUUUUUUAAUUAUAAAUAAAAAAAAACUAUUUCAAAUAGUUAAAAAUUCUAAAGAA